AUGGCCAAGAAGGUUGUGGCCGAGAGCAAGGAGGAGCCCAUAGAGGAAGCCGUCACCGCUACCUCUCCGUCGCCGUCUUCGUCUCCCAGCGGCUACGGCGGCGCCCGCAUCGACCUCGUGCCGCCGGCAACCACCACGCGUCCAGCAAGUGCCGACGCCAGCUUUGAGCUUGUGACGUUCCCCAGUCUGUGUGGUCCUCAAUCCAGCCGUCUGCCGAUAUUGGAAUUACAUAGGAUGGAUUCAUUUGAGCUGAAUGUCAAAAGGGAAACAAGCAGAUUUGGACAGAAUGGUAAAAAGUAUUAUCUUGGUGGCCUUGAUUUUAAAAUUGUUGGAUAUAGCUAUUGGACAUUUGAGCAAUUAUGCAAGGCUUUUUGUGAUGAGUAUGCUUGGGGUAGUGAUGAUGACGUAGAAAUCCAAUACUAUGACAAGGUUGAGAAUAAGUUUGUCCAAGUUAGUUCCGAUGCAGAGUUAACUCUUAUGUUUGUGAAGAAUAUGGAGGAUAGGUCAAUAAUUUUGCAGAAUGAAGUUGUUAUCAGAACAAGAGCACAAUGUAAUCCUAACCAUCCUGUCACUGCCAAUACAUCAGUGCAAUCCCAAGCUUCUUGCAAUAAAAGUCAGCCUAGCAGUACUACAAGUGAGCAUGUGAGGUCUCAAGCUUCUGGUAGUACUGUGCAGGACGUUAUAGUAGAAGAAAGCUUACCUGAUCAGUUAGUUUCUUGUGACAAUGAUGAGAGGCUUUAUGCAGAUCUAGUUGAUAGGACCAACAUAGAAGGUUGUGAUGAAUUAAUUACUCAAUUUCAAGAAACUGAUGAUGAAGAGAAGGAGGAGAACAAUGAAAUGGGUUUGGGUGAGCUUGUAGGUGAUGAAGACCUACCAGUGAUUCAUUAUGACAAAGAUAAUCCAUCUCUAGAUGAAGGCAGCACAUUCCCAUCAAUGGAUGAUUGUAGGAUUGCACUUGCUACUUAUUGUAUUCGGGGUGAAUUUGAUUUUGUGAUUGACAAGAGUGAGCCAGGUAGAUUGACAGUGCACUGUGCAUACAAUAGGUGUAGAUGGAGGAUGCAUGCCUCCCCUAUGAGGAAUAGCACAAUUAUUCAGGUUAAAGUGAACCCGUUUCCUCACACAUGUCCAAGUGCUGAGAGAAAAGCCUCAGUUAAGGUAGCUAAGAGCAGAUGGUGCGCCGAUGUAAUGCUGAAUUGGGUUAGGGAGAACCCUUGCAUUGGUACAGCUGCAUUGGUAAGGAAAAUCUAUGAGACAUAUGGUAUUCAGGUGCCUUACAUGAGGGUGUUCUAUGGUAAGGAAAUGGCUCUUGACCGAAUUAAUGGUCCGUGGAAGGAUAGUUUCAAGUUGGUGUACACAUUCAAAGCAGAGGUAGAGAAGGCAUGUCCAGCAAGUGUUGUAGAAAUAGAUAGGCACACAGUGCAAUACAAGGUGAAAGGAAAGACUAUGGAAAAGGAGUGCUUUAGUAGGGUGUUUGUUUGCUUCAAGGCAUGUUGGAAGGGAUUUCUUGACGGUUAUAGGCCGUACUUGGCAGUGGACGCAACCGCUUUGAAUGGGAGGUUUAGAGGUCAGUUAGUCGCUGCUACUGCUAUUGAUGCACAUAACUGGCUAUUUCCGGUAGCUUAUGGAGUGUUGGAGGCAGAAUCAACUGAGAGUUGGAAAUGGUUUCUCCAGAACUUGCGGCAUAUGAUAGGGUUUCCAAAUGGGUUGGACAUACACACAGAUGCUUGCAAAGGCCUGGAAAUUGCAGUUGAUCAUGUGUUCCCUGGAGUGGAGCAUAGAGAAUGUAUGCGGCACCUUGUUGCUAAUUUUGGGAAACUGUUUAAAGGAAAACUGUAUGAUGACAACCUAUGGCCAUCAUCUUUGACAUAUAGCUCAAAGAAGCAUAUGUACCACCUAAGGCAAAUGUUCACAAAGCAAGAAGUGAAGGACUUCCUAGAGAAGGAUCACCCCAAGAUUUGGGCUAGAAGCAAAUUCAAUGAAAUCUGCAAGGUUGACUAUGUCAACAAUAACCUUGCAGAGUUGUUCAAUGCAUGGAUUAGGAAAGUCAAGGGGUUAAAUUUGGUGGAUAUGUUGGAUAAGAUCAGGCAAAUGCUGAUGGCCAAGUUUUCCUUGCGUCAAAAAAUUGCAGCUGAAAAAUUUAUCUUUGAAAAUGACACUGAUUAA